AACGGCCUCUGGUGACAUUUUCUCCGGGCGGCGCGGACGAGUGAAGGCACUUGGUGGUGGAGGCUGCGGAGGCGGCGCGAUUAGCUUUUGCCCCGGCGGGGCUCUGACCGCGACCCUCUGCUCGCCGCCGGGGCUUGUGCUGAGGAGGAGAAGGCGGUGGUGGCCGUCGCGUCCCGAGUCACCGAGGCCGGGAGAGUCCCGGCCGGGAGGUCGGUGCGUGCCCCGACGGGGCGUGCGGAGCGGGCGAGGAGGCGCGGAGCCGCCGCGGAGCGCAGGUUGCUUUCCUGUUGCUUCUUUGACAUAGUUUCCUAGACUCUGCUCUAUGAUUUAACUUGAAAGUCUGAAAUGAAGAUGGAGGAGGCAGUGGGAAAAGUUGAAGAACUCAUUGAGUCUGAAGUCCCACCAAAAACAUCUGAAAAAGAGACAGCUAAGGAGGAAGAUGGAUCUGUAGAACUGGAAGCUCAAGUUCAGAAAGAUGCUGUAGUGGAUUCUACAGUUCUUUCUUCAAUGCCCUGCUUGUUGAUGGAACUGAGAAGAGACUCUUCUGAGUCUCAGUUAGCAUCCACAGAGAGUGAUAAGCCGACAACUGGCCGAGUUUAUGAGAGUGACUCCUCUAAUCACUGCAUGCUUUCCCCUUCCUCUAGUGGUCACCUGGCUGAUUCAGAUACGUUGUCUUCUGCAGAAGAGAAUGAACCCUCCCAGGCAGAAACAGCAGUAGAAGGAGACCCUUCUGGAGUAUCUGGUGCCACAGUUGGGCGCAAGUCUCGGCGGUCCCGAUCUGAAAGUGAAACAUCCACUAUGGCUGCCAAGAAAAACCGGCAAUCCAGUGAUAAGCAGAAUGGCCGAGUUGCCAAGGUUAAAGGUCAUCGAAGCCAGAAGCACAAGGAGAGAAUCAGGCUACUGAGGCAGAAACGGGAGGCUGCUGCACGGAAGAAAUAUAACCUGUUGCAGGACAGUAGUACCAGUGAUAGUGACCUGACUUGUGACUCAAGCACGAGCUCAUCCGAUGAUGAUGAAGAGGUUUCAGGGAGCAGCAAGACAAUCACGGCAGAGAUACCAGAUGGACCUCCAGUUGUAGCUCAUUAUGAUAUGUCUGACACCAGCUCUGACCCAGAAGUGGUAAAUGUGGACAAUUUAUUGGCGGCUGCAGUAGUUCAAGAGCACAGUAAUUCUGUAGGAGGCCAGGACACAGGAGCUACCUGGAGGACCAGCGGGCUUCUAGAGGAGCUGAAUGCGGAGGCAGGUCAUUUGGAUCCAGGAUUCCUAGCAAGUGACAAAACCUCUGCUGGCAAUGCACCACUCAAUGAAGAAAUUAACAUUGCCUCUUCAGAUAGUGAAGUGGAGAUCGUGGGAGUUCAGGAACAUGCAAGAUGUGUUCAUCCUCGAGGAGGUGUGAUUCAGAGUGUUUCUUCGUGGAAGCAUGGCUCGGGCACGCAGUAUGUUAGCAGCCGGCAAACACAGUCAUGGACUGCUGUGACUCCCCAGCAGACUUGGGCUUCACCUGCAGAAGUUGUUGACCUUACCUUGGAUGAGGAUAGCAGACGUAAAUACCUACUGUAAUACAAUGUCACUGUGUUUCCUCUGCACUGUUCCCUUCCACUUCCUCAUCCUCCUCUUUGUGACAUGGAAGUUCAUUGUCAUAGCUUCAGCCUCAGAAGCUGUUUGUGGCAUUUGUAUAAUCAAAACUCAUGGAAAAUUGCUCCCCUCCCUUUUUUUUUUUUGGUAAUUAAAAGAAGUCACGUAGGAAAAUAACUUAUCACAGAGAAAAGAAUUUCUUCUUUCCCUCAGUAGGAAUAUGAGAAUGAUGAAUUUUAUUAGACAACUUCAUUUUACUUGGUGACUUUUAAUCUUAGGAAACUCUGCCUUCCUUUUAGAAUAAUAUUUCAAUUACCAGGUGAAAUGGAUUUCAGUUUUUGAAUCUUGUAUUUAUUUUUCUGUGGAAUAAAAUUAAUGUCUAGACUUGACCACUGUCAGCCCACCCAUUGGCACUCCCACCUUAGGGCAUUUGCACACAUAUUAGUUAGGUCCUUGUGGGCACCUAGUAGGGCAUGUGCAUUUGAAAACCUGUCCUUGAAAAUAGAAGACAAAAGUAUUUUCUUCCAGCUUAAGUCUUCUGCCUUCUUUCCUGACUUUGCUCCUGGCUGACUUCCCACAACACAAGUAAUUGACAUGCCCCUUUGUGUUUAUAAAUACUGCUGAGGUGACUUAGCUGGUCUCCUUGUUGCAAUAAUUCAUAACUCUUUGGCACAUGUCUCCUUUUGGGGCAGAGGCAUUUCAGAUGGAUACCCACCACGAGGUUUUCUGGGCAUCUGAAGAGAGUAUUGAGAGAUCAGUAGGAAAAUCUCUCUCCCUCAACUUUUUUUCCUGGUUUAUUCAAAUAACGGGAGAACAUAGAAACCUAUUACUUAGGAAGAAUAUAAAAAGUUGUGUGGUUUCUAAGGCUGUGGGCACUUGCAAAUCUAAGAGGACAGUGCCGCCUUUCAUAGCUAGUGUUCCCAUAAAGGGUCUUCAAAAAGUUUUUAACACUUGAGCUGAAGGUGACCUGAUGCUAUAUUUGGGUAUUUGUCUCCUCUACCUUCUAAAAGUGGAAAAAUCAAAAUACACCAUAAGAAACCAUAUGCAAAGCACAUUGUUGGCACUGUAGGUUUUAUAGUAUCUAAAAGGAAUAGCAAAGGGUAGUAGGAGCUUUAGGGAAUUCAGGAAAUGCCAGUGUUGGAGUUUUGUGGCAUUAGUUUCUACCUUUUUUCCUAUAACAUGUUAUAGUUACUAGUGAAUUAUUUUACAAGCAAUACCUAAAGUCAGAACACUAUAUACUGUGCACAGGAAGGAGUGAAGUAACAUUGGCUUAGAAGACCUCACCUUUUGUUUGUCCACAGUCUUUAUUUGCUGUUUUUCUUUCCAUUUUUACCACAUAAUGUUGCUAUAGCCCUUUGCCUCCCUCCCCAAAUGCCUUGGUGGCUCUUUCUUAUCAUAAGAACUACCACUUUCAGUCUUCAUUCAGCGGACACAUUUACCAAGUGCCUGUUCUGCAUAAGGCACUGUGCGGGGUGGGUGCUGUGGGGCCGCUGAGAUGAAUGAGACGCCCCUUCGUGCGCAUGCAUCAGUCUGCCUGGCUCCACCUGCCUGGCCUUUUCUUCUCUUUUUUGUAAAGACUUGUUUAUCUCUUUACCCUGCUUCCUGCUGCUCUAGUUCUUCUUUUUACCUCUUCCAUAGGCGUGUAUUUAAGCAUGUGUUCUUUGAUCUUCUCUGAUAGCAUCUCAUUGGAUCUGGCCUCUGUUCUUCAUCAACUUUUUAUUUUUCUGUCAAUCUACUUUUAAUAGAUCAGGCUUUUAAAAGAUCAUGAACUUCCAGUUUUAGACCUCAUAUAUCAAGUCUCACAUUGCCACAAUUCUAGACAAAACCAAAGACCCAGAGGGCAGAGCGAAGUAGGACCUUCUGCAGAUUCACUACUGGUGUAACUUGGACCUUCACAUUUUACUCUAGAAUUAACUUAUUGAAUUUUACUGUUACAUAUUGUUUUUGACUUGAAUUAAAAUGCUAGACAAAGCAGAAAUGUACCAUUUCUGGUCUGUGUUUUCUAGGAAAAUCAUUGGGAAAAGAACAGAGUGGAUCAUAUGACUUGAAGUUUUUACAGCUUAUUUAUUCCCCAGUAUCAGGGCAGAGCCCCAUUAUAAAGUUUUUGUAUUACCUAUUCUUAUGUUAACAGUAUGUUUUGUCCAGUUCUAUACAGCACAUGAUUUCCCAUGACAUAUUUUCUUUAGCCCCUAAAAAUCAUCCUCUAAAGAGAAUUCUUUUGGUGUGCUGUCUGCACUGUGGAUUGGGAUCAGAGUGAACUUGUAACCAAGCUCUUUUCUGGCCUUUUGCUUUUACAUCAGGUUGAACUUUGCCCUCGUCUGUCCCUAUCCCAGCACCCUGACUACCUGACUUCAUGCACCAGAACAGAGAUUUAGAAAUUAAGAUGAAAAAAGGGGAGGGGAAGGGAUGGUAGAGACCAUCAGCUUUUUCUCCUGUGAGGUUGGGACUUUUCCACCUACUAACUCUGGAGAGAUUAUGUUUCAACUCUUCUUUCACUGCCAGAACCCAUAGAAUGGGGAUGUUGUUUCUGGUAAGGUAUUAAUGAUAAAAUUCUGUGGUAAACAACUCCUGUGACAUUUGAAUUUUUUUUUAAAGAGAUCUUUUUUCACCAAAGUUUUGCAUUUGGUAGCAUAAAUACUUCUUUAUGCUUCACAGGACAUCGUCUGUUCAAAGUAAUAUCUCUGCUGAAGAGGUACACUUGAUCACAGAUCGGUUUAUGGCACUAAUUUGGUUGUCCCCCCGAUUCCCCAAUUUGAAACCACAGAGCUGUAACCUAGCUGUUGAAUCAUCAUCACUGCCCUGUAACAUGUAAUUGCUGCUCACCAGUAGUUGUCUUUUCAUUUUGAUGGAAGGGGCCAGACUGAAUGAACUCCAUUAUUCUUUACGAUUGAGCAUCCCAUAAACUCUGCUUUUAUUAUUAUCAAUUGUGAAUAUGAACCGUCUGAUUUGCUAAUUUAGUCAAUUGUUCGUUGUUACUUUUAGCAGAUUAGCACCAUAGGUAACUUAAAAAUGAGUGUGUUGCCUGCUUUUUUAUACUGUGUCACAAGGUUUUUCAAAAAGCUGGGGACACAAUUUUGACUUUCAGUUUAAACUUUUUUUAAAGGUAAAGAGCCCCUAAUCCCUAUUUUCCAGUAUGUGUAUGAUGUGACUUCCAUGUAUAUAUAAAAAUAAUUGCGCCCUAACCAGACUUCCUCAGAUUGUGCACUGUUUGUUUAAAAUAAUCACGUAUUUUAGUCUGAUGCUGUUGUAUUUUUUCAUUUUAUUUAAAACACUACGUACUUCUUAUUCUUUUAACGAAUUUUAAAGGGUAGUGAUCUUAAAAAAAAAUCACUGGAUAACUAGGAAAUAUUUUUGUUGUUGUUUUGUUUUGUUUUUUAAAGAGUACAAAGGUCAUUGAAGCCUUUUGCUCCUCUUACCAUGAAAAUGAAAUGUUAGCCAUUGUAUGGCUAGGAACCAAUGCACUUGGUGGUUAACAGAUCUGCUGUUGCUGGAGUGUGAGCGUGGACUUGAUGCAGUGACGACAAAUCAUUGCUUAGAAUUAAUGUUUUAAAAUGUGCAACUCUAGUUUUUAAAACGAAAUUUGGUUCUUUACAUUCAUUAUUUAGUUUUUGUUUCCAUUUAGUAUUUAAUGGUCUUUGGAGAAAAAAAUAAUAAAACAGAGUGUUAUAUAUAUAUUUUUUGGUGCAAGAUAAGAUUUUCUGUUUUUUGAAAUAAGUCUGUAGCAUAAAGGUUAAACUAUUUUAAGACAAAAUAAAAUAGAGUGUAUUUAAACAAC